UGCACGCUGGUGCCCAGGCUCCCAGGUCUCAACGAAUGCACUCGAGGGAGUGCCACGUCUUGUGAAGAGUGCCUGCUGAUCCACCCCAAGUGUGCCUGGUGCUCCAAAGAGAACUUCGGCAGCCUGCGGUCAGUCACCUCCCGGUGUGACUUGAAGGCAAACCUGGUCAGAAAUGGCUGUGGAGGAGAGUUUGAGAGCCCGGCCAGUGUCACCCAGGUCCUGCGGAGCCUGCCUCUCAGCAGCAAGGGCUCCAGCUACGCGGGCUCAGACGUCAUUCAGAUGACGCCACAGGAGAUUGCUGUGAACCUGCGGCCUGGUGACAAGACUACCUUCCAGCUGCAGGUGCGACAGGUGGAGGAUUAUCCCGUGGACUUGUACUACCUGAUGGACCUCUCCCUGUCCAUGAAGGAUGACUUGGACAACAUCCGGAACCUGGGCACCAAGCUUGCUGAGGAGAUGAAGAAGCUCACCAGCAACUUCCGAUUGGGGUUCGGGUCCUUUGUAGACAAGAGCAUCUCUCCCUUUUCCUACACAGCACCGAGGUACCAGACCAACCCAUGCAUUGGUUACAAGUUAUUCCCAAACUGCGUGCCUUCCUUUGGGUUCCGCCACCUGCUGCCUCUCACAGACAGAGUCGACAGCUUCAAUGAGGAAGUUCGGAAACAGAGGGUGUCCCGGAACCGCGAUGCCCCCGAGGGGGGCUUUGACGCCGUCCUCCAGGCAGCUGUCUGCAAGGAGAAGAUUGGCUGGCGGAAGGAUGCCUUGCACUUGCUUGUCUUCACAACGGACGAUGUGCCCCACAUCGCACUCGAUGGAAAACUGGGGGGCCUGGUGCAGCCGCACGAUGGCCAGUGCCACCUGAACGAGGCCAAUGAGUACACUGCGUCCAACCAGAUGGACUAUCCAUCCCUCGCCUUGCUUGGAGAGAAGUUGGCAGAGAACAACAUCAACCUCAUCUUUGCAGUGACGAAAAACCAUUAUAUGCUCUACAAGAAUUUUACAGCCCUGAUACCUGGAACAACAGUGGAGAUUUUACAUGGAGACUCCAAAAAUAUUAUUCAGCUGAUUAUCAAUGCGUACAAUAGCAUCCGGGCUAAGGUGGAGCUGUCAGUCUGGGAUCAGCCUGAAGACCUCAACCUCUUCUUCACUGCCACCUGCCAGGAUGGUGUAUCCUACCCCGAUCAGAGGAAGUGUGAGGGCCUGAAGAUUGGGGACACGGCGUCCUUUGAGGUGUCUGUGGAGGCCCGGAGCUGCCCCGGCAGACACACGGAGCACACGUUCACGCUGCGGCCCGUGGGGUUCCGGGACAGCCUGGAGGUGGGGGUCACCUACAACUGCAAGUGCAGCUGCAGCGCGGGGCUGGAGCCGGACAGCCCCAGGUGCAGCGGGAACGGGACUUACGUCUGCGGCCUGUGCGAGUGCAACCCCGGCUACCUGGGCAGCAGGUGCGAGUGCCAGGAAGGGGAGAACCAGAGCGGGUACCAGAGCCUGUGCCGGGAAGCGGAGGGCAAGCCCCUGUGCAGCGGGCGCGGGGAGUGCAGCUGCAGCCAGUGCUCCUGCUUCGAGAGCGAGUUCGGGAAGAUCUACGGGCCUUUCUGCGAGUGCGACAACUUCUCCUGUGCCAGGAACAAGGGAGUCCUCUGCUCAGGCCAUGGCGAAUGUCACUGUGGAGAAUGCAAGUGCCACACAGGUUAUAUCGGAGACAACUGUAACUGCUCAACAGACAUCAGCACGUGCCGGGGCAAGGACGGCCAGAUCUGCAGCGACCGCGGGCACUGCGUCUGUGGGCAGUGCCAGUGCACAGCGCCAGGAGCCUUCGGGGAAACGUGUGAGAAGUGCCCAACCUGCCCAGAUGCGUGCAGCACCAAGAGAGAUUGUGUAGAGUGCCUGUUGCUUCACUCAGGGACCCCAGCUGACAACCAGACCUGCCAACACCUGUGCAAGGAUGAGGUGGUCACAUGGGCGGACGCCAUUGUGAAAGAUGACCAGGAAGCUGUGCUUUGUUUCUACAAAACUGCCAAGGAUUGUGUCAUGCUGUUCACCUACACAGAGCUGCCCAGUGGGAAGUCCAACCUGACGGUCCUCAGGGAGCCAGAGUGCGGAACGGCCCCCAAUGUCAUGACCAUCCUCCUGGCUGUGGUCGGCAGUAUCCUCCUGAUUGGGUUUGCGCUCCUGGGCAUCUGGAAGCUGCUCGUCACCAUCCACGACCGCAGAGAGUUUGCGAAGUUCCAGAGUGAGCGAUCCAGGGCCCGCUAUGAAAUGGCUUCAAACCCUCUGUACAGAAAGCCCAUCUCCACACACUCCGUGGAUUUCACCUUCAACAAAUUCAACAAAUCCUACAACGGCACAGUGGACUGAUGGCUCCCCUCCCUCAAGGGCUGGAGAGGGUGCAUGAUGAAGUCAGAGACUGACACACUUUGGACAGCUGCUUGACUCAAUCACAGCUCCCUAGAUAGAUAAGCACAGAGAUGUUGGGGUGAGCCUGGGAAAGGAGCCCAUGGCCUGCACAGGAAGGCAUUAGCCAUGCCACCAGGCUGCUGGGCCAGAGCCGUGCCAGGCGGCCACCCCUCCAAGCCUGGGAAAGGCCAGGGCAGCUUGGCGCUCUUGACCUUCUGGGCCACAUCCAGCUUGUCCUGUCAAUGGGCUGCUGAGGUGCUGGGCUGCCUCUCCCUUCCAGGAGGGCUGGACCUCUGGUCUGGCCAGAGGAAAAGGCUCUCAGGAGUGUCAGAGUGCUUAAAAUCAACGCACGACCUGGCUUUUUUCGUGUUGGUCAUUUUUAUAUGAAAUAAAAAGGUCGUGCAUUUAUGGUGUAGUUGUGACCCCUGAGACUGCCUGCCUGAUGUCUAUGCCUUCCACAUGGGUGUUGGUGAUGGAACUAUUGAGACGCCUGUUGAAGGCAGUUUGCAAAUGUCCGUUUUCCUCUUCUGUUUGUUUAGUAUUUUUGUAAUGAAAAGGAAAGAGAUUGUUUGGGAUUGAAAGUAAAGAUUAAAGCCAAAAUAUGUUGUGUUUGCCUGAUGCUC